AACAAACGGUGAUAGUCUUCGUUGCUGACUUUAUAUUGUUAUAAAUCAAUACUAUUUUAUCAAUAAUGAACGAUGAUCCAAAAGAGGUUUUAUCUCUUUUAAAUUCCAUGGGUUUCGUGGGAAUUACCGCGCAACAAUUGAAAGGUUUUAUGAAAGAUUUGAAAUUGUACAGAAAAGUAAAAGAACGCGAGAAGCAACAAAGAAGAGAAGAAAUUACGAAAAAGAUCAUAGAUAAACAACAAAGUGAUAUAAAGAAAAUUCUUAGAGAACAGAGGAAACAGUUUUGUUCAGCUGAAAAUAUUGUAUCCACUGAGUCCUCUAAUUCUUAUGUUGACAAUCCUAUUGUAAAAGUAAAAGUACAAUGCUUAUCCAAUGAAAAAGAAAACACAGAACCCUUGAAUUCUGAAGAAAGUCAUUCAGGUACACAAAAAAAAUUAGAUGUUAGAAAACCAAAGUCCAAGAUAUCAUCUGAUCAUUACAGUGUUAAACCCACUAGUGUGUCCUAUGAUAAUGAAAGUGCUAAUAUCUGCUUAAAAAGUUCUAAAAAAUGUCCAGAGUGUUUGAAACAGGAUGCUUAUGACACAAAGAAACAUAAAACAAAAGCAGACAAUGAUAAAUUUGUGCAUCAUGUAGAAUCAGCAUCUUUACAGCCCCAUAGACCUAUGAGUGCUCCAAAUAUAUUGGAACAAGAGCAAGAACGUGUUGGUAGUAGUCAAACAAAAAGUAUAUUAUCUACAAAGACCUCACAGUCUGGAAGAAAAUCCUUCCCUGGAGAAGCUAAACAUGCAAGUCUGAGGUGGGCAAUUCGUGAAAAAAUGUUAGGUGGAGAUCCCCAUCCCAUGCCUGUUCCCAGGAAGUCAGUCAGUAUGCCAACAUUAAAGAAGAAAUGACCUUCGUUAAAUAAUAGGAGAUAAAUUUUAUACUAGGAACAAUUACUUGGAAGGAAAAUAAUUGUUAUAAUUGCAUCUCAUUUAAGAUUACUCACUGUUAAUAAAAAUAAUUACAAUGUGAUUGGUAAUAAACAGUGGUUUAAUUUGUUUCUUGA